AUGACGACGAACCGGAAGACAACGAGAAAUGCCACAGGGGAUAAAGCUAAGGGUAUUUCCAUCAUCUGCACAGUCAAAAAUGGCCGGAUUAGAGAUAAGAUCAUUGGGCUAACCGUUGAGUAUAUAGUCCCCAGCUUUGAAUCCAUUCCGAUCUCCCACUCUCUCCUACUCCUCUCGGAUUCUGCGCUCCCUCUGGGCUCGUUCGCCUACUCCAGCGGCUUGGAAUCAUACAUCGCUCACAACAAGCCUUUACCAGCACAUGUAACGCCAUUUACAUCAUUUAACCGCUUUCUUUCACUAUCUCUUGCGUCCAUUGCAAGUACUACGAUACCCUAUCUCCGCCGAGCGCAUAGACAACCCGAAGAAUUGGAGAGACUGGACAAUGACCUCGAUGCGUCAACGCCAUGUACAGUCGCAAGAAGAGCAAGUGUUGCUCAAGGUCUCGCCAUGUUGCAGGUAUGGGAGCGUGCACUUAAAUCAUCUGCCAUACAACGGAUUCAAGAACACCAGCAUGAUAGCCAACAUCACACAGUACGCGCGGUGGCGGUAUUGGACCAGUUCUCGGAAUCAUUGAAAAAUGUCGGUGUAGAUGAAGAACAUGAUGAGGUUAAUGGCACUGUUAAUGGCCAUUUUGCCCCGUUGUGGGCAGUGGUAUGCUUGGCUCUGGACAUUGACCUGGAACAAGCGGCAUAUGUGUUUAUGCUCAACCAUGCUAAGGCAGUUCUAAGUGCUGCAGUGAGAGCAUCUGUUAUGGGCCCUUAUCAAUCUCAAGGUGUGCUUGCGGGCAACGCACUUCAAAGGACCAUUGCUGAGCUGCUGCAGAAAGAAUGGUGGACUGAGCCUGAAGAUGCAGGGCAGGUUGUCCCUAUCAUGGAUCUGUGGAUGGGAAGACAUGAGUUAUUAUAUAGCAGGAUUUUCAACUCCUGA